UAAGAUGCCAGCAAUGCUUAAAAGCCUCUCGAUGAGAGUCAUUGUGACAGAGACAGCCACGAGGGAGUGAGCACACAAGUCUAUUGGAACAGAAAAUUAGUAAUUCGCUGCCCAAGAUUCCAAAAUGGUGACAGCGAAAGUGUGGAAACUGGCCAAGCGACCGGACGGAGAGCCCAAGCGGGGAGACUUCGAGUGUGUGGAAGAACAGCUGAUUUGCGGAAAUGGAGAUGUUAUUACUGAGGCUGAAUUUUUGAGCGUAGAUCCAUACAUGCGGUACAAAGUCAGGCAAAUCCCUCUCAAUUCCACUGUGGUCGGUACUCAGAUUGCACGGGUGAUUGAGAGCAAGAACCCAGAUUGGCCAGUUGGUACGUACGUCGUGUCUCCAUCCGGCUGGCGGACUCACACCCGACUCACUGAGAAGGACUUCAAGGCUGAUAACUUUUUCCAGAAGCCCAUGAAGCUGCCAGAAAUGGGAGACUUGCCCAAGAGUCUUGGCUUAGGAAUUCUGGGUAUGCCUGGAAAUACAGCUUACUUUGGGUUGCUUGACAUCUGCCAGCCAAAAGCUGGAGAGACCGUACUGGUAAACGCUGCAGCUGGGGCAGUUGGCAGUGCUGUCAUCCAGAUAGCAAAGAUCAAGGGCUGUAAAGUAAUUGCCUUUGCGGGUUCUGAGGAAAAGGUCGCUUGGACCAAAGAACUUGGGGCAGACCAUGCCUUCAACUACAAAACGACCGACAUCGGGCAAGCGCUCAGCCAGGCAGCACCAGAAAAAAUUCACUGCUUCUUUGAAAAUGUUGGAGGCCAAUUCACAGCUGAAGCCCUGCCUCAUAUGGCAGAGAGGGGCAGGAUGGCAAUAUGUGGAGUCAUUUCAGAGUACAAUGACAACGACAAAGAUAUUGGGGUGGUGUCAAUGUGUAGUCCGUUGAAUCAAGCCACGCUACUUUGGAAAGAAUUGAAAGUAGAAGGCUUCAUUGUUACACGGUGGUUUGACCGCUGGAUGGAAGGAAUUGACCAGUUGAAACAGUGGAUCGUUGAAGGCAAACUCAAGUACAAGGAAACAACAGUAAAGGGAUUUGACAAAAUGCCUGAAGCAUUCAUUGGCCUUUUCCGCGGUGACAACACUGGCAAAGCUAUUGUCAUAGCCUGAAGAGUUAAAGGACAGGAUUAACACUGUUCUAGUUGAUGAGGAAAAUAGUUUCACUAACUGGCAUAUAAUUUACGCCAAGUAUACGUAAAAUAGGAAGAAUUGUAACCAAUAACAGAUUUUAAGUAAUAUUUAGGUCCAAUAUGUGAAUAUUUCAUCAAGUCAGAAAAUUAUACAUUCUCAUAUUCAUUGUUAUCGAAGGGUAUCGUGUGUGCCCAAAUCUUCACUUAGAAAUAUGUCAAUAAUUAUUUUAAAAUUUAGGAAUUACGGAGCUUUGUUUAACCCACAGAACAUUACCAGAAACAACGUUUGCGAGUGCCGUUCGUGUCGAGUAGAGUUUUUCCAUCUACACAAGAUGUGAAAGUGAUGAUUUAUUACGUAAACUGCAAAUAAAGGUUAUGUAAGCAGUAA